AUGUUUUUCUGUGCAAUCUCCGGCGAGCCUCCCCAAGACCCAGUAGUCUCCCAGAAGUCUGGCCAAGUGUAUGAGCGUAGGCUAAUUCUGAAAUACAUCACCGAAAAUGGCACCGACCCCAUAACGGGAGACAAGCUGGAAGAGUCCGACCUCAUUACCCUCAAAGCCAACCCCAAGGCUGCCGCCCCCCGUCCUCCCUCUGCCACUUCCAUCCCAGCCCUCCUCCACCUUCUUCAAAAUGAGUGGGACGCGCUCAUGCUUGAGACUUUCUCUCUGAAGCAACAAUACAACUCUGUUCGGCAGGAGUUGAGCUAUGCCCUGUAUGCACAGGACGCCGCAACGCGUGUAGUGGCACGUCUUAUCCGAGAACGCGAUGCAGCUCGAGAAGCACUCGGAAGUAUCUCGGCCACAAUGGGGGUUGCACCUACCGCCAAUGGCGCAGAUGUCGACAUGGCAGACACAGCUCAAGAUGCUGGCGCUCUGCCGGAAGAGGUGCAGAAGAAGAUUGAAGAGACACAUCAGACGCUCUCGGCACAGCGGAAGAAGCGCAAGCCACCUGCGGAGUAUGUUACUCCGGCGGAGGUCAAGACAUUCACCUCCAAACAUACCAUUCCGUCCCUCCAUUCGCCAUCGCCUUCUGGUAUCAACGCCCUUGCGGUCUCGCGUACAGAACCGGCUCAAUUUCUCACGGGAGGGAACGACAAAAUUGUGCAGCUUUACGACCGCAGCACGGACAAAGUACUCGCCUCACUCCCUGGCCACCAGAAGAAGGUCACUCAUGUUGCGUUUCGUGAAGCGCUCAGCGAGUCCGAGCCUACUCUUCUCUUGUCUGCCAGUGCCGACAAGACUGUAAGGAUGUGGACCCACGACAGCGCAUCAGGCGAAUACAGACCAAAUGCAGUCAUUCGUACGCAUAAGGGUGAAGUCACUGGAUUGGCUGUGCACCCAACAAACACACUUGUUGCGCUCGCUUCCGCUGAUCGUACAUACUCGCUGCAUGACCUCGUCAAGGGUGACUUGGUAUAUCGCUCUCCUGCAGCUGACGAGCCACUGACGUCGCUCGACGUGCAUCCCGACGGUGCCCUUCUUGCGGUCGGUACACCAACGUCGACAAUCCAGAUAUAUGACAUCCGCUCUGGUGCAAUCGCAGCCUUGCUGUCGCCCCCCGACAGCAGCCCUUUCACCGUCAAGACGCUCAGCUUCUCCGAGAAUGGGUAUCACAUGCUUGCACCUGACUCACUCUCCUCGGUCGCUAUAUGGGACCUGCGAAAGCCUAAGAUUGCGCAUUCCAUCCCGCUUGGCGAGGGCUUCAAGGUCAACAAAGUGGUGUACGACCUGAGUGCUCAGUUGCUGGGUGUCGCGGGAAGCGAAGGCGCACGCGUCUUCGCGCACAAAACUUGGGAGGAGCUGGUCCGCUUCGAGGAAGGUGGUGAGGUCACAGACCUUGUGUAUGGGGAGCAGGGCAAGGAGAUUUGGGGCGCCAGCGGGCGGGAGGUCAGGAUUUGGGGCCUGCCUGCAUGA